AUGAGCAUUUCCUUCCAUACUCUUUCACCGGAGGUACAAAAACGAGUACGGUUUGAUGAAGAAGAUUCAAGGGCUCUGCCCUGUCACUCAUCCAUCUCAUCCUUGCGAUUUCCCCAGGCCUCCUUUCAGGGUUGCGUCACCUAUAUUUAUGGAAUUGGAUCACGAGCGCGCAAUGAUUUGCGCGUGUAUACUUUGAACAGUUGUUGUAUGUUAGUGAGUUGUCGAAUAUAUGUCCGGUCCUGGUUGUGA